AUGACUCUCCAAAGCUUUUUGCUGUUUUCUACAGCCUUGUCUGCAGGACUUGGUCUUUAUCUUCAGGAGGUCCUCUUUGCACCAACAGGUGGCUCCGUAAAUGUCUCCUGUUUGGCCGACUGUGAUUCACUAACGAAGAUUAGAAAGUUCUACUGGUUUCGGAGAGUUUGGAAAAAGCCUGAGGCCCUGGAAAAAAUUACAGAUUGUAGACAAAGCAAUGCCACAGAGAAGUACAGUUGUAAGCAGGAAGACACCAGACCUCUUCUAGAAGUGAACAACAUAAGCACACUGGACUCUGGAGUAUAUUACUGUGCUUUCUAUCUGAGACAUAAUAUUACUUUUGGUAAUGGAACAACCCUUAUUGCCAGAGAUAUUUCCAUACCCAAUGGUUAUAUCUAUCUCUUGGCUCCUCAGUAUUCUCCUCCUCCUUACAGUACCAUCCAGCUGGCUUGUGUAGUCAGGAUGUCUUUAGGUCACGUGACUUGGAAAAUCUCUGGAACACGUCACAAAGGUGAUGUCAUCACUUUGGAGGAACCUGGUGGCACUUGGACUGUCCUAGGGCUUUUCACACUUUCCAGAGACACCUGGGACAAUGGACGUCACGUGACCUGUGAAGUCUGGCUGAAUUCUUCUCUUAUCAUGGUCCCCUGGGAAAUACCAACAAGAGGAUGUACGUAAAACAUUGAUGGGCAAACAUGGACAUGGACAACUAAUCUCUUAAUUUUCUAGAAGUCUUUGACAUCAUACUAACUGGCUCUAUAGAAGCACAAAACUAUGGCACCAUUCUAAGAUUUUUUUAAGUAGGAGCCACGUAAGACACUUGAGGGUGGGGGCUGAGAUAUAUAGUAUGUAUAUAUAUAGUAAGGCUCCUACA